AUGCUGACAUCGUCACGAUUUCCAGGGCAGGCUAAUGUACCUGCUGCUGGGUGUUUGAUGGAUACUACGGCAAAUGACGUUCUGGUCACAUGCAGGCGGAUGCAGGUUCUGUCGUACGUACUGGCGGAGAUCAGCAGUGCGGCGAUGCUUUUGGACGACUACUUGAGGAACAUCUUGAAUAUCCCGCACAGGCUGCUCACCGCAUGGCAGAGCAUUGCUGUCGCAGCGAAAGCUCGAGCGGCGACCCAAGCAAAUUGCAGUGGAGCGUUGCGGAAUACUCCCCUUCACGGCGGCCAGGGAGAGAAAUCGGCGCAACCCACACCAGCGGAGACACACGACCCUAACAAUCCUUGCAUCAAUGCCGCGCCUUCGCAGUCGCCGCAGGGACCCACGAGCCGCAGUCCGCCCGUGGGUGAAAAUCUGCCUACACAACUUCACGCAUGUCAACUUAUGGAGGACAAUGCGGUACGCCAAGUGGAGUUGAUCCGACGCGCUGUGGUGAUGGCGCUGUUUCAGCAGUACCUGAAGGUUGUCGUGGACAAUAGCACGGAUGACAUCGUACUGCGGGACUGGCUCGGCUCCAGCCUUGCACCAAACACGACACGCUCCCAUGAGCGGCGUCAUCGCACGCCAGGGAAGGACGAAUAUCCAUUUUUGGACCUUCCGGAUGACGAGGAAGAGCACGCGGAUAAGGACCGUGGGGAACUGAAGCCUACGGCGCAGUGCAAUGAGUGCCACCCACUCGGUGGCAACGUCGCCUCAUCGCCGCCGUCACGACGAUCGAAUUUGACCUCCGAAUACGGCAGUGACGUUAGGCGUGAGGAUGGGGUGAAUGUAAGGAUUUCAGUCACUUUGCAGGCUUUCAUGCGAGCAGCCGUUGCUCUCAACCCCACCACCUGCGCCCUGCAGCUGAUCUCCCGCUGCAUCAUAUACGCCCGGCACGUUUGUAAUGUAGACGACGAGAACGCGACGUCGGUUGACGCGACGGGGGGCGAGAGUGGGGCAUUUUGCGUGGUUGUGGCAAGCCGGGCUGUGGGACCCUGCGAGCACUCCGGGCCCUGCUUUGGUAACCGAAAGUUCUUUUUUGUGCGAUGUCAGGAGUCGGAGUUGCGGCACAGCAGAGACGUGUCAGAAUCAAAGUUGUGCGAAGGGAGCUCCACGUUGGCUCCGCCCGCCCGCAGGCCGCCUUUGCGGCGUUACGCCAGUCAUAGCGGAACUGUUGCUACUUUGGGCGGGCGCCGGAUGUGGAAUUGCAUGAUGCGUUCCUUGACGCGGACGGUGGCGGGGCAGACGCCGGGGCGGCAGAACACGAUGACCUCCGGCCCUGGCCUGACGCAACCGGUCCCGUGCGUGCCAUGGCGGCGCGCGGCCCGGCGGGCUGCUGAGCGUCGCCCACGGGUCGAGAUGACACGGUUGGGGGCUCCAUGUUUACUGCCUGCGGUUGCCCGCAGGCAAGGUGAGGCGAGGUUCAGCAGCAUGCAGAGCCGCACGACGACGCCUCGGUCGCGUCCGACGACAAGGACCAACGACGGACGUUAUGGUGGUUUCGAUUAUAAGCAAGAUCGACACCUACAUAAUCUUCACCAGCACUAUGCUGACGGUGGCGAUGAAGACGACGACGAUGAUGACUCCACUAAGUCGUGGCUUGUGAUGCAUUCAAAUCGUUGUAGUGCCACCGGAACAUUUUUUGGCCCUGCAACCUCAUGCAAUGGGCGGCUCAUCACAGAGGCUGCAACACCGUUGGCAUAUGCUUCGUCAGAAACUUCGACUGCCGACAGCGCCAACAGCUUCGCUGUGCCCUUUGCCCUGGCCAUCUCUGUACCGCCCAACGCUGGCCAUGACACAAACUACCGGGAACCGCAGCCAACAGAGCAAUUUACGGCCACCACGGAGAUGUUGUUGGCUGGUCAAACCGCCUUCGCAGAGGAGCUUCUUGCCAGAAUUGACUUUUGGUGUGCUCGGGGACAGCCGCGCCGCUGCUACUAUAAUUCCGCCCUCAGGGAUGGGUCUCAACCCGCGACGGUAAGUCCUACAGUAGAUGCGAAGACGGGGGUGAAUGCGACUUUUGCAGCUUCAUACACGACCGAUUUUGAUUUGAAGGGGGAUAUGCCAUUGAAGCUGCUCUUUUCGCAGGUUGGAGUCAUUCGGUUUCGGCCUGUGGAGGCCUCCGUGUACCGCAACGGCAAAGGACAGCAGCUUCUUAUUGAGGCACUUGCCGAUGCCACGGAGGUCGUCAUUUGCGCCGUGCGUGAGAGUUGCCCACACUUUGGCUGGCACGGUCACGCCGGGGGAACCGAGGAGCAGCUGGGCGGAUAUGGCGCAUCCGACGACUGCACCCUGUCAGACGAGGAGGAUCUGCUUAACUGGGGACGCCACAACGACGUGGCCAUGACGGUCUCUGUGCGGUGGGCGCAAGGUGAGGUAGCGACGAAGGAUGCGGAUAACGUCUGUGACAAUGGCGGCAAGAACGCCUCAGAGAAGGGGCGUCUUCCAACAUCCCACGUGGCGGAGCGCCGGCUGCUUUCCACGCGUGAGAAGCACCAACGCAGGAGUGAGCGACUGGCGAUGGAGUUUCGCUUGGCGCGGGCUCAGCGCCUAGAUGCCAUCCUCGUAGAUCAGCGGACAGCCAACCCAAUCGCGGCGUUGGUUUUGCUUCAGGCGCAACGAAAAUAUAGUGGCGCGAGUUUGGGGGAAAAUGUUCUGCAGGAUGCCGCCUUCAUUGUGCAUUCAUUCAGCCACUGCGUUAUGCCGCUGCUGCGGCAUUUGCGGGAUGAGAAAGUACUGAUGGUUGACAUGGAUCGUACGCUGGUGGAUAACGCCAUUCUUGUCAGGGAUGGACGUACGUCCAUUUCAAGGCAGCAGGGGAGCGGGACAACGGGAGAAAAUCAGAACCAUUUUGAAAUGCAGAAGGAGGUGCGAUACCUCGUCACAGGUACACCUUGCCAAGGCAUGCGUACAGAGACGAUUUACGUGCGUCAUGGGGUGCGACAGAUGCUGCGGCACUUUGCUGUUGAAUGGGGCAUUCCUGUUGUACUCGUGACUAAAUCCUCGCGUCGUCGCACGGAGGCUAUUUUGUCACAGGUGCUAGACCCGGGUGGGGAGUUAUUUCCACUAGGGUGUGGCCGCAUCUUUACAGCAGAGUUGCUUCUGCGUGCGGCGUCUGAGGGCGCAUCUUCCAGUGAGACUUCUGCUUUGCCACCGUCACCUGGUGGGGGCGACGACGAGGAGAGGUGGCGGUCACAGGAAAGCCUUGUGAGGGCGCGGAAGUCUACCACAGCUGUGCUGCAGGAGUUAGAGCGUGCACACACGCAGAGACAUGGACCGUCUCGUUUGUCUCCCAAGCCGCGGACGGUGGCGGUGCUGGACGACAGCCCACAGGUGUGGGUAGAGGCGGAUUGGCCCUGCACCGUCGCGGUUGCUCCAUACACCUUGGACCGUGUGGACCCGCAGGACUACUUUACACCGAGUGGUCUGAUUGCAUCCAUGUUGUUGUCACUGCUUUACAGCAGGUGUUGCGUGCGGCGCCGCACACAAGGGUGUGAAGAAAAUGAGGGCAACCCGAAGACGGAGGCGGUGCGGCAGGGAGGUGGUGAUAGCGAGAUUAAGAUGAAAACGGCUGAUUACCUCACUCCACUGAGGAACUCAAUUGUUGACGAUGACGAUGACGAUGACGAUGACGAUGACGAUGACGAUGACGAUGAUGCUAAUCGUGUUGUCCGGAGGAAUGCUCUGGAGAUGCCUUGCGCUGGACACCUCGGCCCAACGGCAGGCCGUGACCACUCCCGUGCACCUUUCCCAAACCGUGACGCUCUGGCAGCGGAGGAUAUGGUGUCUGCGGAGGAGGCGGUGGUGGAGGAGGCGCAUGAGUGGCGCGAGGGUGGUCGCUGGGCCUCCGCAGAAGUAGAGGAUGUGACGCCGCUUUAG